UCGCUCCGACUGAAACUGGCUAAUGUAGCAAGCAAUGCUUCGCCAAUUUUCCCCAAACUUUUUCUAUCUGAUUUUAAUCUAGUAUCCAAGGCAAGAUAUGCACAAUAAGGGUUAAUCUUCGUCAAGGGAACGAACAGAUAAGAUAAACAGCGUCACAAACAGAGAUCACAAUGAAGGUAUUGAAGCUGUUGAUACAACGUAACAGCGUGAGAUCAAUGUGUUUUCCCUCUGGUCAGUUCUCGCUCGUGGAGAACUUUUCAACUAGCUGUCAAUGGCGAACACGCAAAAAGGUCAGUCAAUACAGCACAGUUGACACAGAAAGAUAUUCAUCUCUAGUGCGGGCGGUGGUGUCAUCAAAAACCAGCUCCCAGACUCCUGCAAGCAUUGAGGAUGAGGAUUAUCAGUUGUACGGACCUGUUAUAAGAUCCAGACCGCCUUCUCAACAGCAAAAAGUACCAAAAAACCUGCAUCCACUAUUAAACCAAGCCAAAGGUCCUUCUCAGUAUGAGCCUGGACCUUUGGCUCGUAUAAAUUUGCAGAAGGACUCCACCAAGCCAUCAAUUCCCAGUGUGACCAAGAUCCUGCAGAAGACCAUGCCACCUGAGCAGGCUUUUAUCCUGGAGAGGUGGAAGAGAAGGAUGAUUGCUGAGCUCGGGGAGGAUGGGUUUAAAGAAUACAGCUUGAAUCUUUUCAAACAGGGAAAGCUAUUCCAUGCUGCCAUUGAGGAAACUUUCACGGAGGAAACCUCCUCUAAGGAGGACAUGGAGUGUCCAUCAGAGGCGGCCGGAUAUAUGGAGAGUGUAUCUCAUGUAUUGAAUGAUAUAACAGGAGUCAGAGCUAUUGAGAGUGCUGUGUAUCAUUCUGAACUACAGUACCUGGGUAUCGUAGAUUGUGUUGCACAGUACAGAGAUUCAUUGUGUGUCAUUGAUUGGAAGACCUCAGAAAAACCUAAACCCUUUCUUCACAAUACGUACGAUAAUCCAUUACAAGUAGCUGCGUACAUUGGGGCUCUAAACAGUGACAACAACUAUAGCUACCAGGUAGAAAACGGUUUAAUUGUGGUUGCCUACAAAGAUGGAUCGCCUGCACACGCUCACUUCCUACGCUCCGAUCAGAUUAUGGCAUUUUGGGAGAAAUGGCUAGUACGACUCGAAGAGUAUGCGGAGAAAUAGGACACCUUUAACUAAAUUAGUGUGAAAGAAGUAAGCAGAUGCUACAGAAUUUUGGAACGUCUACACAGUGUGUAGUUCAAUUGUAAAUGUUUUAUUUUACAUUUGAUGUAAAGAAUAAAUACAGUGUUUACACACUUUGUGUUA